AUGGCAUGUUAUCACCCCUGCAACGUGAGACAGACACCCAUUGUCAUCGUCAACAACCCAGCCCAAGGCGGCCAUCAUGCGGGACUGCACAAUACCAGCUCAAUGGACCAGUCACUGGUCCACUUGUUAGCGGCUGUGGAAACGAUAGCAGCUACUGGUCGGUCGACCAGCAUGGUGGCCUGGCACGACAGUCGUACCGACGAUAUCCGUACUCAGCGAUGGCCUUCGGGCCAGGGCGGCAGUGUCCUUGUCCGGCGUGCCCUGUUAACCGGUAUGCGGAUGAUGGUUUCCCCGAUCACGGCGACGUCCUAG